AUGAUAACCACAAUUUUCUCACUCCUCGCCCUCGCCCUAUCGACAACAGCAUGGGAUGUAGCUUAUUUCCCGACCGCGCAUAAAAUCGGCCACACAUACACGGGGUCCGGAUCCCAGCAUUGUCGAUCUGUAUCUUUCCCAAAGGGCGGGUUCGUCAUGGCGCGGAAACUAGCCGAAUACGAGGAUGUCAUCACUUUCGAUGAUGAUAUGUGUACAGGGAGAAACGUUCCUUUGAACUCUGUGUAUAAUGAUGAUCCGCUGCCGGUUGAGGUUAAGAGCUUCGUCGUUGUUGAUUUGAGGAGGAUGGAUGAUGAGGCAAUAUAA